CACAGACAGCUCUCUUCUCUCAGUCUCCCGGAGAGGAGCCCGGCGCUAUGGGAGGGAGCAGGGCUAGUUGUUGCCUUGCGCUGAGGCUGAAUGAGGAUAACGCUCGCUUCGCCUUGCUCGCCCUGUUCAUCCUGCUGUACCUGGUGUCCGGGGCGGCUGUGUUCUCGGCCAUUGAGCGGCCCAGGGAACUGCGGGCACAGCGGGCUUGGAACAGAAAGCUGUCUAACUUCACCCGGUGUCACAACAUCAGCCUCCUGGAGCUCGGCGCCUUCCUCAGGGAGUAUGAGGAAGCCAUUGUGACCGGUAUCAGAGUGGACUCCCUGAGACCCAGAUGGGAUUUCACUGGAGCCUUUUACUUUGUGGGGACGGUGGUGUCUACUAUAGGGUUUGGGAUGGCCACCCCAGUGACCGUUGGCGGGAGAGUCUUCCUGAUUUUCUACGGAUUGGUGGGCUGCGCCGCCACCAUUUUGUUCUUCAAUCUCUUCCUGGAGCGGAUCAUCACGCUGUUGGCCUACAUCCUGCGCUGGUUCCAUGAGAGGAGGGUACAGAGGGCUGGCCCUUCCGGCCUCUUGGAAUGCCGACGGGACUCCAGCCCCUCGGGGGAGGUGGACAGCCUGGAUGACUGGAAGCCUUCCGUCUACUAUGUCAUGGCCAUUCUAGGGGGAGCGUCGCUGGUCAUCUCCUGCUGCGCGUCGGCCAUGUACGCUCCCGUGGAGGGCUGGAGCUACGCUGAGUCGCUGUACUUCUGCUUCGUCACCUUCAGCACCAUCGGCUUCGGCGAUCUGGUGAGCAGCCAGAGGGCCACCUACGCCAACCAAACCCUCUACCGGGCGGGGAACUUCCUCCUCAUCCUGGCGGGCGUCUGCUGCCUCUACUCCCUGUUCAACGUCUCCUCCAUCGUCAUCAAGCAGUUCCUCAACUGGAUCCUGAAGAGGAUGGAGUGCCGGGGUUGCUGGCGGUGCCCGGGCAAGAGAAGGGCCGGGCCUCACUGCAACACUGUCCACCCAGUGCUGCCGAAGACCAGGCCGCACGCCGUCUCCAUGGAGACUGUGUGCGACAGCGAGACUGACGGCCGCCGGAUGUCGGGCGAGAUGAUAUCCGUCAAAGACUUCUUGGCCUCCAACAAGGUCUCCUUGGCCAUAAUGCAGAAGCAACUCUCCGAGACCGCCAACGGGGGCCCCAGGCAGAGCCACUCUCGGUUCAACGGCUUCUCUCGGGGUGUGGGGGCCCUGGCCAUCAUGAACAAUAGGUUGGCAGAGACCAGUGUGGACAGGUAACUUAUGGGCAGGAGGACGUAUCUGCUGUCUGUUUGGUCAAUGCGGCCGAUUCACCUGCCCUUUACCUUUGUUACAGCAAAGGUCUGGUCAGGAUUGUCCCUGACGAUGCUCCGUGCGGGUUGGGCUACUGGCGCAUGCCUAACAUUGAAGGGACGGGCGAAGGAGCUAGGCCCCAGGAAGAGCGCUCACUCCCACCUCCACCAGAGGGUAGUGGUCUCCCCAACUGGGACCCGUGCACCAUGGGUGAACCAGAAUAGCUCAGGGUGCCUGAAGGACAACAACUGGACUCUCUCUCUCUCCCCCCCUCUCUCUCUGGACAAGGCCAACAACAACCACUUGCAUUCAUCUAACGCCCAUCAGUGUGGUCAAACGUCUUAAGGAACGAUGUGCGGUGGAAUCCAACACCGAGAUCUCAUUAGGACGAUGAUGAGAUAGACCAAAUCUGGUCAUAGAGGAAGAGACGGAGAGAGGGAGUGGAGUGGGGAGGAGAGAGUGGGGCUCUGAGUGCUCAGCUACCAGUGACAGAGGGAUUAAAACUGAAAGGUCAGCAAUGGACAAGCACAGAGGCCACUUCCCCGAUAGAGACAGUGACCCCCGACUGAUCCGGAAUUCGCUUUCCAGUCUGGGAACGACUAGAAUCGGAAAAGUCUUCUAAAAGAUAUGACCAGACCGUGAAACGUCUCUGUAAACAUUUCUACGGCUGUAAAUAAAUGAUAUUUCUAUUUGAA